CCGCCAGUAACGUCCAGCUGCCCCGGACGGAGCUCGAGUGUAUGGCGCCGAAGGAACCGGCUCCGGGGUCCCGAUAACGGGCCUGCCCUCGUAGCUCUUGGCCUGCAGUGAGGGUCUCCCCUUAUCUGAGAAUGGCUACCUCACGAUAUGAGCCAGUGGCUGAAAUUGGUGUCGGUGCCUACGGGACGGUGUACAAAGCCCGUGAUCCCCACAGUGGCCACUUUGUGGCCCUCAAGAGUGUGAGAGUCCCCAAUGGAGGAGGAGCUGGAGGGGGCCUUCCCAUCAGCACAGUUCGUGAGGUGGCCUUAUUGAGGCGCCUGGAGGCUUUUGAACAUCCCAACGUUGUCCGGCUGAUGGAUGUCUGUGCCACUUCCCGGACCAACCGGGAAAUCAAGGUGACCCUAGUGUUUGAGCAUGUUGACCAAGACUUAAGGACCUAUUUAGACAAGGCACUACCACCAGGCUUGCCAGCCGAGACCAUCAAGGAUCUGAUGCGCCAGUUUCUAAGAGGCCUAGAUUUUCUUCAUGCCAAUUGCAUCGUUCAUCGGGACCUGAAGCCAGAAAAUAUUCUGGUGACAAGUGGUGGGACAGUCAAGCUGGCUGACUUUGGCCUGGCCAGAAUAUACAGCUACCAGAUGGCCCUUACACCUGUGGUUGUUACACUCUGGUACCGUGCUCCUGAAGUUCUUAUGCAGUCUACAUAUGCAACCCCUGUGGACAUGUGGCGCGUUGGCUGUAUCUUUGCAGAGAUGUUUCGUCGGAAGCCUCUCUUCUGUGGAAACUCUGAAGCUGACCAGUUGGGCAAAAUCUUUGACCUGAUCGGGCUGCCUCCAGAGGAUGACUGGCCCCGAGAUGUAUCUCUACCCCGAGGAGCCUUUCCCCCAAGAGGACCUCGCCCGGUGCAGUCAGUGGUGCCUGAGAUGGAGGAGUCUGGAGCUCAGUUGCUGCUGGAAAUGCUGACUUUUAACCCACACAAGCGAAUCUCUGCCUUCCGAGCCCUGCAGCACUCUUAUCUACAUAAGGAAGAUGAUCCAGAGUGAGCAUUGGAGUGGCUGCCACAGAAGGAAGAGAUGAUGCAAUUUUCCCUCUUCUGGACACUUGAGUGGAGAAAACGCCAUUGAGAAGGCGACCUCUGCCUUUCUCUCUGAGGCUGUGAAGACUCCUCCAACUUUUCACAGAGAAUUUUUUUGCUGCCUUAAUGAAAUUUUAUACUCACUCUUCCUUUUGAGGCUUAUCCUUCUCCUGCCCCCCCCCCAUUUCUAUACACUAAGGGGUCUAUCUUUCCUCCUCUUCCCUACCUUGAUAUUGGGGUCCUUUUUUUAUACAGGAAAACAAAACAAGACAAAGAAAUAUG